UCACUCUUUCUUCGCCUAUAAGUUCAACUCUUCUCUCUCUUCAUAUCUUUCUACUUUAAUUAUCUUCUUCCUUUCUUCAGCAAAACUUUUUAUUUUAUUUUUUCUGGUUGAAGUUUUUGUUUUAUUGCUUUAGCAAGAAGCGAGACUGGCCUUAUCUGUACCUUUCUCUUUGCCAUUAAAAGCCCUCCAUUUUUUCUUCCAUAGAUUCUUAUUUUCUCUGAUUUUCUGUUUGAGCUUUUCUUGAAUUCGCUAUUUUUCGUAAUUUUCAUUUUCUUGUAGUUUUGAUUCUUACACACGCUUAUGUUUUAUUCCUUGCAGAGAAACUCGUCCAUGGAAUCUCCAGCAAGCAAAUCCUCCACCGUGAAGAAGGUAGAAUUUCCGCCUCGUCGGGGAAGAGUGAAGAGAGAGAUCUUCGGCGUUUUGGCCAGUUCCAUCGUUUCCGCCGCCGUGAGGGCCGGUGGAGUGUUCGGGAAGAACGCUGAAGGUGACGGUGGUGUCUCUUCUUCCGCCACCGCCACUCCUCCGAGCGGAUACACCUCCGACCAGAACACCGAAACCACUUAAAGCAAGAAAACAUAUAAAGAUAUAAUUACGAAGGUGCCACUGGUUUUUUUAACCACCAUGGCAUGACACUACUAUGCGGUUCUGUUCGUUUUUUUAAAACAGAACUCUGCUUUCUCCAGAUCCGGUUCGGUUUAAUUUAUUUUGUGGUUUGUUUUAAUUUGGUGUGGUCGUCCGGUUUAACUUCGGUUUUUGGUGGGUUAAACUGGGUAUACGUUUAUGGGUGUGGUUAAUUUGCUUUGUUAAACAAAAAUAUCUCCCUAAUCUGUUGUUUCUACGUGUUUUUUUAAGUGGAGUAAUGAUGUCCUCUGGGAGAUAUUUUUGUUUUGUUUGUUUUUGGUUUGUUUUGGUUUGAUCACCUUGUAUUAGUUUGCUUUUUUUAAUCUCUCUGUGUAUUCUAAAUACAAUGUAUAAUUAAGCGUGUUUUGUAUUA